AUGCUGAUUUCGCUCGUCAUCUUGAGGGUUCAGAGCAUGCAGCAGAGGUUAAGUGGAGAAAUGCAGAAAUGCCUCCAGGCAAAUCAGAGUUUCUUGAAUCAGAGUUACCGAAUCUACUCGGGGAUUGACUUGCCAGACUUGGACUCAGGGAUUGACUGUGGGAUUGACUCUUGGACUAAGGUGUCGGAUUUGGUCGAGCUCGACUCCAUGCUGAGAGAAGCUUCUUUGUGGAGAAUGCAGAAUCUUGUUUGA